ACCCUCAUCGUGGUGGUGGUGCUCAACUCCCACAGGCUUCACAUGCUCAUGUAUUUCUUUCUCGCCAAUCUGUCUGUCAUGAGGAUCCUCUACACUUCCACAGUAAUCCCCAUAAUGCUGGAAGGCUUCCUACAGGAGGCUGCCAUCUCUGUGGCUGGCUGCUUGCUCCAGUUCUUCAUCUUUGGCUCUCCAGCCACAGAUGAGUGUUUCCUGCUGGCUGUGAUGGCCUAUGAUUGCUACCUGGCCAUUUGUCACCCCCUGAGGUAUCCACUCCUGAUGGGGCCUCGGUGGUGCCUGGGGCUGAUGCUCACAGCCUGGCUGUCUGGCUUUAUGGUAGAUGGACUCAUUGUUGUUCUGAUGUCCCAGGUGAUGUUCUGUGGCCCCAAUCACAUUGAUCACUUUUACUGCGACUUCUCCUUUGAUGGGCUAGCUUGCUCAGAUACUGGAGUGGUCCAGAUGAUGACAUUUACUCUUUCUGUGGUCUUCAUCACUGUCCCCUUUGGACUGGUUCUGGUCGCCUAUUCUCGGAUUGUGGGGGUUGUGCUGAGAGUCCCCUCUGGGGCCAGCAGGACAAAGGCUUUCUCCACAUGUUCCUCUCACCUGGCAGUGGUGUCCACAUUCUAUGGAACCCUCACGACCUUGUACAUUGCACCCUCUGCCAUCCACUCCCAGCUCCUCUCCAAGGUCUUUGCCCUGUUCUACACAGUAGUCACCCUGAUCUUCAACCCUGUUGUCUAUACCCUGAGGAAC